UUCGCUCGGUCGGUGUUGCUGGUUUGCGACAUGGUGAGGUGGGCAGCAUGGUUUGGCAUCGUCGCUGCAACAAAGCAGCCCAGCAACGCUUGACGCUACACACCAGCCAUGGACCCGCUUGCCGCUACCAGUGUGUUUUCGGAUGCGGACGUUUUUGCACGUUUGUACGGUCGCUCGUUCGCUCACUUAUUUGUCUGUCCGGUCCUCCGUUUCGUUUUUAUUCUAAUUUUUUUUGUGUUCACAUCGUGCGCUGUUCUUCUUCGAUAGCAAGUGAUUCUUAGAGUUCCUUAGUUUUGUUGUAUGCAUAAUUGACGUUGUUUUUAUUGCAGUGUUUGUUGUUAGCUAGUUAUCAUUGCAUUUGCUUUAGAGCUAGUCGUGUUUUUAGUUGCACUUAUUGGUUCCAAGUCUUAUAUUUGCAUUGUACAUUAAUUUCGGUAAGCAGUCUGCAGCGGAACACGCCGCGGGGUACGUCGGAAGCGCGUUACGGGUUCUGCUCUGUCAAACAGGCACUUGACUUCGUCGUCAUAUCGUCACCCCUGGCAGGAGCUGCUGUUGCGCCAUACGGUUUUGUCGAUAAAUGGCUGAAACCAUAAGCUCAGCUAACGGCAUGGAGAUGACCUUAAAAGAUAGCGGGAUCAUCGAUAUGACUCCCGCUAGUUUGUUGCAACACAAUGCGUUGGUCAAACAUUCGCAUGCGCUGCGUAGCUUAAAAGAAUGCAGUUCCGAUGAGCAGCCAGUUGCAUUAGAUUCAUCAGCGCGAGCAAAUAGUACGCCGCCAACAAAUUACUCCACGCCCACUCCGACUCCGCCCGCAAUUGCGACGUUUCGCUGCGAUCGUUGCGAUAAUUUCGAAACAACCUCAAGGGCAUCGCUUUUGCUGCAUGUCGUGCAGUGCUUGUCCAAUCAUGCGCACCUCAAAACAGAAGGGGCUGAACUGGAAAAUUUCAGCGUUGGGGCUGCUGUGCCUCACGUAGACCACAACGCAGGCAGCAGCAACGACGUCACCAAAUUGCUCCCGGAUACACCAAACAAUGUGCCUACAAAUAUGUCGGUGAUUACCACCAAUGGCAAUGGUAACGCUAGCAGUCCAACGGCUUCAUCGUCGUCGUCGUCAUCAUCCCGCAAAGUCUUCGAAUGUGACGUUUGCAAUAUGAAAUUUUCAAAUGGCGCCAAUAUGCGACGACAUAAGAUGCGUCAUACCGGCGUAAAACCGUACGAAUGCCGUGUUUGCCAGAAGAGAUUUUUCCGCAAAGAUCACUUGGCGGAACAUUUUACAACGCACACGAAAACGCUUCCAUACCACUGUCCCAUAUGUAACCGUGGCUUCCAGCGACAAAUUGCUAUGCGCGCUCAUUUCCAGAACGAACAUGUUGGCCAACACGACCUCGUCAAAACUUGCCCGCUGUGCAGCUAUAGAGCAGGCUCCAUGAAAUCUUUGCGAAUUCACUUCUUUAACAGACAUGGCAUAGAUCUUGACAACCCCGGACCGGGUGGAUCCUCCUCAUUGCUACUCGCUUUGGAAUCGCAGGCAUCUCAGGUAGCAGUAGCAGCUGCAGCAGCCGCCGCCAGUUUCGUGCCGGGCUUGAAUGCGGUAGCUGCGGCUGCCGCUGCAGCCAGCCAGAAUGCUAACUCGAGCAUGACAACCCAUCAGAGUGAUAGCGGUGAAUCGAUGCGUUCGCUGGAGAAUGCUACACCGCCGAUGCAUUUCUUGACGCCGCAUGUGGAAAUCUCAACGCUGUCCGAAAACGGCACUGAUUUGUUCAAUGUAACAUGGAAUGCGUUGCUAAAUUGCAAAUUGGGGAAAUCCACUGAUGCGGCGUUUUUGUGUGCGUUUGAUUUGCAGGGAAAUGCCAAUGCAUCAACCGGAGUGGAACUGAUGGAGACGAAGAGUGGCAGUCGUGGAGGGGAACGGGACACAAUCACCGGCAGCAAGUCACCAGUGCCACCACCACCUCAGGAACAUCCGAUCGAUUGUAAUACCAAAUCGUUGCCUUCGAGUACCAGUCAUGUCGGCCUACAUUUGAAUGCUUGCGCUUCACCAAAAACUCAUCAUCACGAGAACCACAUCACGCCAUCCAUCAGUUUGAUACCAAUCAAGCAGGAGCCACUCGGUGAAGACCUUUCAACGGAUUCAAAUAAGGCGCGUCAUAAAAUCAGUCCAUCUACACCCAGUGACCAAAUGAAUGGCGGCGAUAGCAAUGAGUCGGAAUUCUCCUCGCCAAAUAACAGAUUAACAUCAUUAAUUAAGGUAUCACCACUAAAAUCAUUGCUAAGGGAGGACCUUAAGCGUCGAAUUUGCGCCAAAGCUAAUAAUCGCAUCACACGUAAUGCGGGUGUGCUGGACAACAACAAUGUUGCGCAGGCCAGUGUAGUCGGCGGCAACACAAACAACAGUUCAACCUGCAAUUCCACACCCAUUUGUAAUGGUACGAUCACCUCAACCGGCCAAGAAACCGAAUCGAAUCUGCUUAAUCGAAAGCAAAUACUCACAUGUUUAUUCUGUGGCAUUGAGUUCCCAGACGAAACACUGUACUUCCUGCACAAGGGCUGUCAUUGCGAGAGCAAUCCAUGGAAGUGCAAUAUUUGUGGCGAACAGUGCAAUAAUGUUUACGAAUUUAAUUCGCAUCUAUUGAGUAAAAGCCACCAAUAGCAACGAAUGAGCCUUACAGCUACGGGCAACAACAACAAUCAAAAAUAGAUGUGUAUGCUACUGCAAGUGUUUCAGUAGUGAAUGGGUACGAAUUGAAAGAAGUUGGGAUCUUGGCGGACAAGCGUUUUCUGCAAGUUAAUAGGUAAAGCUACGGAGGAGGAACACUAUUACGAACCGGUGUACAAAUGUGUAUAUAUGUAUUUAAAUAUGUUAUUUGUGCAAAUCAGGGGAAGCUGCUGUAUAACAGCGGCUAAGGCAACCAUGAAACGGAAGCGCAAAUGUAAAUACGAAAGCUCGAAAUGUGAAAGUGUGUGAUAGUUGAUUUUAACCGAAAGCAAGAACAAAUCAAAAAAAAAGUACAUUUAGUAUAUAACUUAUGCAAAAUAUCGUGUUUAACGUACAACUUUCUUAAUUCGUAAAAAUAGAUAACUUAUGUAGAUAUGACGAGGAGUACUCGUUAAAGCAAAUCGUUAAUCCUUUGCGCACGCGUAGAAGGAGUAGAAACAAUAAAAUGCUGUGAAAUUCAGAAAAAUGAAAAAAAAUGAAAAUGGCGAUGUGACAUGGAUCAAAACUCAAAAAAACAAGAUUGCAAUAGACAAAACACUUUUUAGAAAUGCAUUUAGAGCUUUAUCCGCCCCAAAUCAAGAAAGUAAUAAUAUUAAGCUAAAGAAAACAGUUAAAAGCAACACGAAGUUUAAGGGAGAGCAUUAUGUAGAACCAAUGUUAACGUUUGAAAAACAGAGAGAAAUCUUUUUGAAGCCAUUGAUAUACAUGGGUACGAAUGCAUGCAUUAUACAAAUGUAUGUAUGUGUGUACAUUAGGGUGGCCCAAAAAUGCACGUGAAAAAGCAAGCCGUUAUUAUAAUGUUCUCACCCCUAGAAUUGCUCUAUACCGAAAAAAUAUACCCCUAUUUCUUUUUUGAAGUCGAAAAAUAAUUAGAGGGCGCCAA